AUGGAAGACAACAGAACGUCUAAGCUUAAACAAUGUAGAGAAGUUUUACUCAACUCUCUCAUGAAAGAUUCUAAUCAAAAUUACCAGCUGGUCUCUACCUUAGACUCAAUCCGUCCAGAUCCUCUUACAAUUCCAAGAAAUUCCUAUUACGAAAGAUGGAGGUUGGCGGACAAGCUUUUUGAUGGGAAAUUUUCCUCAGGCCAUUCAACACCUUGUACCCCUCUUACCCCAGCUCUGAGCAUUGACAAAAAGCUUAUAUUUUUCCAAACCCCUUUCCCAAAAGCUGAGCUCACCUUAUCCCGAAUGAACAGCUUUGAAUUACAAAUUUUCAAAUCCAAAGAAAAUUUAGACUAUGAUUUACCGACCUUUAAAAUUGACGACUCUAUGUAUUCCCCACCUUUAUCCCAUAGAAAUAGCAUUCUUGAAGACGAUUUAGAAGUCUGCAGGUACGAGCAUGAUUUUAUACAGUUAAAUAUUUUAGGCAGCGGAAAUUUUGGGGCUGUUUAUAAGUGCUUGAAUAAAAUUGACGGGCUUUAUUACGCAGUAAAACAGAUAAAAACAAACCCAAGGAAUAAAGCGUCUAGAAAUGAAGCCUUACAAGAAGCCUAUGCGCUAGCACAAAGUUCUAUGUGUGAAGACAAUACUUAUAUCAUUAGAUAUUAUUCAGUUUGGAUUGAAAAAGAUUAUCUUUAUAUUUGUAUGGAAUUAUGCGAUUGCUCGCUUACAAGGUAUGUAGAAAGAAAUCCGCCUGUAACAGAAAGCUUGAUCAGAAAAAUUAUGAGGGAUAUACAAGAUUAAAAAAAAAAUCUAAAAAAUGAGAAAACUGUAUUUAAUUUUUAAUGGAAAUGGCUUAUAAAUAUUAUUAAAAUAGGAAUAUUUAAUUAGAAAGAGAAUAUUUGUAAGGGAUUAAAAAAAUUGCACGCUCAUAACAUUAUUCAUAUGGACAUUAAAUCAGAAAAUAUUUUAUACAGCUUUUCAGGAAAAUUUAAAUUAGCCGAUUUAGGACUUGCAAGAGUCACCACAAAUUUGACUGGAGAAAUCCCUGAAGGUGACGCAAGAUAUUUAGCUCCUGAAGUGUUAGCAAAUGUUUCAGAAAAUCCUGAAAGCAUCCCAGAUUUAUCUAAAGCUGACAUUUUUUCAUUGGGAGCUACUAUUUAUGAGCUAAUGAGAGGAAAAACACUGCCAAUUAAUGGCCCAGAGUGGCAUUCUAUUAGAAAUGGCGACUUGGACUUUAAAGGAGACUUCUCUGAGGAGCUGCAAUUUUGUGUAAAAAAAAUGAUGAGCAAGGAUUUAUAUGAAAGGCCAAGCGCUGCAGAACUUUUAGAAACAAUUUUAAUUUCUGAGAAGGAAAAAGAGAUAAGGAGACUAAAAGAUGUAAUUAAAGGCUUGGAAAAACAAAUUGAAGAAUCGAAUUCUAGAACCGCGAAAAGGAAGUGCUCAGUGUAA